AUUUAUUAAUUUGUAGCGUUUCGAAACAUACUUGACAAAGUCGCACGUUUACGAGAAAUACAAGUGAAAAUUUUCAGUAAUUCUACGCAAUAAAGAGAUCUUUGCGAACGAUUUUUUAUUUUCAGCUGUGGUUACUUUUUAUUAUCGUAUGUCCAUCCAGAAUUUAAAUACAUUUGACCCCUUUGCUGAUGCAAUCAAGGGUGCUGAUGAUGAUGUUCAAGACGGACUUGUUCAUAUAAGAAUUCAGCAGAGAAAUGGUCGUAAGACACUAACAACUGUGCAAGGUUUAUCCUCGGAAUAUGAUUUAAAGAAAAUUGUGCGAUCAUGUAAAAAAGAGUUUGCCUGCAAUGGCACAGUAAUCGAACAUCCCGAAUACGGAGAAGUUCUACAGCUUCAGGGCGAUCAACGUGAGAACAUCUGCCAAUGGUUAACCAAGGCAGGCCUUGCGAAACCUGAUCAGUUGAAAGUUCACGGUUUUUAAGUUAAGCGACGGAAAAAAUUCAUAUUUUGCAUUAAACAACCAAGUCAGCAAGCAAUCAACAAAAAGUCAUAGAAGCAAACAAAUAGGUAGAGGAAUUCUCAAUUCAUUGGCCAACAAAAAUUAUAAUUAUAAUACAAUCUUAUGCUCAUUAAAUGCGAAGAUAUACUAUUUUGCAAAAACAUUACAAUUUAUUUUAACUAAAAUUAAAUCUGUCUACUUUUCUUUUCAUUAUCAAGUCGCGAAGUACACUUCGGAAUUAGUAAAUUUAAAUAUUCAUCAAAUCGUUAAAAAAAAAAACAAUAUUUACUAUACUUUGUAAGUUGAUGUACCGAGGAUUGACGAUAUUCGCUCUACUUCCAAACUAAAAUAGUUACUUUUUCCACUAAGACGGUUUUAUAUUUAAUUAAUUGAAAUUAUCAAUAUAAUAAAAUGUUGAAAUUAGUAUAUAACAGCAAAUCUAAUGAAUGUAGUCAAAAUAAUGAUAAUAGUUUAAUAUGGAAAAUGGUUUGGCGGAGGGAGAAACGUAUUCUCCUUUAUCAACGCUAAAGCACUCAUUACAAAGCUAAAUAAGAAGACUAUUAUAUUAUCAAAUUUGCAAUUAUAUAAAUUAAUAUGAACAAAUGAAUAAAUAAUAUAAAACAA